UUAUUAUUAUUAUUAUUAUUAUUAUUACUGACAACACAACAUCAUCGUUUUCUUCCACAGCUUUGCAGAAUGCUUGUCGAUCUGGUUUCUUCGUGUUUUCCACCACUUUGCAUCCUUUUCCAGCUGUUUAGGUUGGGUUCAUUGGUGAUGUUUUCCACAUUCCAGGUGGACUGUAUGUUAUACCACGGUUCAUCCACUGUGGACUGCACCAACUUUACAGUGUAUGAUGCUCCAAAAUGUGAUGCAUAUUGUUGGAAGACUUUGUGGCUGAUUUGCUCAAUUUUAACGUCGACCGUAUACAUCUGUUUGCUUAACAGAACAGUGCUACCUGAACUAAGGCCAGUGGGGAAUAAAGUAAUAUUGAAGAGCCUCGUCCGAAAGCCCUACUUCUGGUCUCUUAAUACUAUCACAGCUCUUGUAGUUCUGUACGAUGUCUUAAUUAUGAUUCAAAAUAAAAAGGCAAAGAUCGGUAUCGAAUGUUUAGUGACCGUUUCCAAACUAUGGACUUUAUAUUUACUACUUCAACUGAAUUUCACCUUUCCUCCUUGUACACAGAGAGGUUUUCGACGUAUUUCAAGAGCUGCUUACUGCAUCACAUUGUCCAUUUACGUUCUGGACAAUCUUUGCAAGUUGUUAGCGACUUCAGCUCAAGUCGCCUUUAAGUUUUAUACAGUCAACAAUAAUAGUCGCGAUAUUUUGCCUAAACCGCUGGAAAUCAUCAACCUCAUGCUGAUGGUAGUAAACGCUUCACUGUAUCAUAGUUUUCUUCAAUUCUUUUGGCAGAAACUUUUCCGUGGUGAUAAGGAUAUUUUGAAAGAGGUCAAGCAGAAGUUUGUGGAUGCCACGGGA